GUUUUGUUUCUUUGGUUUAUUGUUUGAUUGAAGUAAGAAAGCAGUAAUGGUCUGUUUCAAUUUCAAUGAGAUGAAGACGAAGAAGACUCUCAUUGGACUUGGAUUAGGACAGAUCAUCUCGCUUCUCUCUACUUUAAUUGCCUCUAUUGCCUCUGAGAUCGCCAGAAAAGGGAUUAGUGCUCCAACAUCUCAGACGUUUCUGGGUUAUGUGUCACUUGCAAUCGUCUAUGGAGGUAUCAUGCUGUAUCGAAGAUCCGCAAUUAAAGUGAAGUGGUAUCACUAUUUUCUCCUUGCUGUUGUUGAUGUGGAGGCGAACUUUCUCGGUGAGAAAGAACUCUUCUUUUGUCCCACUCUUUGGCCUGAGCACUGAUCCUGGGUUUUCAUGUUUUUUGUUGAGUAUCAUGAGUUUUUGAGUCAUCUCCAUUGCUUCCAUAGUUGUCAAGGCAUUUCAGAACACAUCGAUGACUAGUAUCAUGCUACUGGAUUGCUGGGCGAUCCCUUGCGUUUUGGUCUUGACUUGGGUUUUCCUGAAAACAAGAUACAGAUUGAUGAAGAUCAGUGGUGUUGUUAUCUGUAUUGUUGGUGUCGUCAUGGUAGUUUUCUCAGACGUCCAUGCAGGGGAUCGAGCUGGUGGAAGUAAUCCUGUCAAAGGAGAUUUUCUUGUUAUAGCUGGAGCUACCUUGUAUGCUGUCAGUAAUGUCACUGAGGAGUUCCUAGUGAAGAAUGCAGACGUGACUGAGCUCAUGGCUUUUUUGGGCCUUUUCGGCGCAAUUAUUGCUGCCAUUCAGAUAAGCAUAUUUGAACGUGGUGCAGUCAGAGCUAUUCAGUGGUCAACUGAGGCGAUUUUACUUUACAUUGGAGGCGCACUCGGGUUAUUUCUGUUUUACACAUUAAUCACAAUCUUAAUCAAGAAUAAUGGUUCAACAAUGUUCAACCUCUCGUUGCUCACAUCAGACAUGUGGGCUAUUUUGAUCCGCACUUUUGGUUACCACGAAAAGGUUGAUUGGCUCUACUUCUUGGCAUUUGCUACUACAGCUACUGGACUGAUCAUAUACUCAAUGAAGGAGAAAGAUGAGGAGGAACAAAGAAGUGGAGAAGUGGUAAGUGAGAGGAGGAAGCUGUUCGAUGAGGAGGAUGGUGACUCGCUCCACAGCAACCUUAUAGAUGCUUCCACCUGAAACCUAAUCAAAUCAAAGCCUCUGGUUUUUACUUGUCUAUAACAUUGACUGUGACUUGUGGGAUAUAUGAUUAUUAUUUUUCACACUUUUGGGUUGGAGGAGUCCACAAGUUUGUACAUUUCUCUCCCAAACUUUGGUAACUGUAAAGAAGGAAAAAUGUAUUUGAUACAAAGAUUAGUUUCAAAUGGUGUUAGUGAAGUAAAUAACUGUACCUCAA